AUGGCCGCCCGCCUACUGGACUGGGUAAUCGACCAGUCGACGACAUCCAACGUGGUCAACGCCGAGCCUUCGGACUUCUCCCACUCGCCAGCGUUGAGGUUGCUCGACAACCGCGACUUCUACCGAGAAACCAAGGACCCUUUGAUGUCGAUUCUCUGUCGCUUUUACGUCGCCGAGGCCCAUAUGCCGCUGAAAGUCGUGGACGUUCGAGAUCGGAUCUACGCCCUGCUGGGCUUGUCAAUUGACGCCCAGAGUCUCGAGAUCACUCCGGACUACAGUAUCGAUGUUGAGUCGGUAUAUACUAAAGUUUCGACUGCUUUACUUGGCAAGAGUCCCAGACUUCUACAGCUAUGCCAAGGCACUGCAGAGACGGUCAACUAUUCUUCUUGGGUGGUCGACUGGAACAAUGUCAGACUGCCGCCCUCAGAGCUUUUGGACAGCCAGCGAUUCAUGGCGUGUGGUAAAGGAGAUUACCGGUAUCAACUAGCCGACACCAGUGUCGCCAAUCAUAUCUCCUUCAAAGGUGCAGUUGUGACCUCUGUGCGAGAUGUAGGGACCACAUUCACGCCCGAUCACGCUCGUCGGCUGGAGGUUUGCCGGCAGUACGUCAACGAAGUCGGGGAAUUUUUUGCCAUGUCAAUGGAGAUUACAGGGUCCCCGUUCAGAGACUGCACCAAUGCACAGCUUUUUAGGGCGCUAUCGAGGAUCCCGGUGGGCGGCAUGGAAACCUAUAGCCAAGAUGGCCGUCAGUAUUACCGAAAAGCCACGAUGGUGAACUACAUGCGAUACAAGAAAUUCAUCGACAUCUCGAGUACAUCAGCUGAUAUGUCGGGGAGUACAUCAUCUGAUACGUCGGGGAUCACAACCUUACAAUCAGCAGAAAAGUACAUGGUCGCGGCGGAGGAGAUGGCAGGACGAAAGCCAUUCCUAUCACGGGAAGGCUACGUUGGCUUGGGCCCCUCGGACCUGAAAGCUGAUGAUACGAUUGCCAUAUUCUACGGAGCGCCGGUGCCCUUCGCGCUGAGAUUCCAGGCGGAUGGUACGUACAAGCUCGUCGGCGAAGUGUACGUCUACAGCAUCAUGGAUGGCGAGUAUAUGCGAAACGCCUUUACGGAGGUCAACUUCCAACUCUCCUAG